AUGGCGUCACACAGUAGCCAGAGUAGGUUCUCGAAUACAGACGAGAGUGAAAUUGAAAGUAUACUUAACGAAAGGGACAGUAAGAACACUAAGAACGUAAUUAGAUCCGCUGAAAACAUUUUAAACGAAUUUUUAGUGCAUACAUGUGAUACUUCUCUGUCGGAAUUACGCUUAAAGCCAAAUGAAGAGAUCUGUAAUGUUCUUCGAAAAUUCUACUGUGGGGUACGAAAACAAGAUGGAUCAAUGUACGCAAAGUCUUCGAUGAUAUCCAUGAGGUUUGGUCUUCAGAAGUCGUUCAUGAAAUCAAAUGAUAUUGACAUUGUUAACAAUGAAGAAUUCAGUCGUGCUAAUGUGGUGUUUUCGGCUUGUCUCGUGAAAAUUAAGAGAGAGGGGACUGGAGAAGUAAAGCAUAAAGAAAUCAUCAGUGACGGAGACAUGAAAAAACUGUAUGACUGUGGCGUUUUCAAUGUCGAUAACCCCAAGACUUUACAAUGGAAGGUCUUUUUUGAAAUUAUGUUACAUUUUUAUAACAGAGGACGAGAGAACUUAAGAAACAUGGAAAAAGAUGAUUAUGUCAUUAAUGUAGAUGCGGAUGGGAGGCGCUUUGUUGUGAAUAACAUAUCACGACUAACAAAGAACCACAGGGGAGACUCUGGGGAUGAUGACACUAAUGCUGCCCGCAUGUACGAACAACCAGGAAACCCCAAUUGUCCAGUGGCUAGUUUUGAAAAAUAUAUUCAAAAACUGAAUCCAGAAUGCAAGUCGCUGUGGCAAAGACCAAAAUCACUGCCAGCAUCAUUUGACCCUGACAACCUUGACCUGUGGUAUGACAAUAUGGUGGUGGGGAAAAAUACACUUGGAAAAUUUAUGCAGUUAAUCAGCAAAGAGGCCAAACUUGCCACAGCCUACACUAAUCAUUCUAUAAGAGCAACAUGUAUUACAAUCUUGGACGAAUCGGGGUACGAAUCGAGACAUAUUAUGGGGAUAUCAAAGCACAAAUCUGAGACAAGUUUGAAACACUAUUCUUCUAAAUUGAGUGAAAAACGUAAAAGAGAUAUGUCAGAUGCUUUGAGCAGGAAAAUACAUGUGUCAAAAUUUCAUGGUUCAGAAGUAUUUCCAUCAAGGCCCUCAUCAUCAAGUGUUCAGUCAAUCACAUAUUCUCAUGGAUCAUCAUCUAUGUCUCUUCAACCAACCUCAAAUGCAGUCCCCGGGGCUUUCAACGAAAUAGUGCAACCAGUUUCCGAGUCCAUUGACUGGCUUGGUGAUGUUGAUGAUGACGCACUUGCAGCAGUGUUAAAUGACCCUACGAUCUUUGCAAAUAUUCAGGAAAUUCCAAAGUCUUCAGUGUCCACUGUAACGCCUUAUAACUUUCAUGGCUGUACUGUUACAAUUAACAAUUAUUCAUCCAAUACAGGGGAGCCACACACACAAGAGGAGGUUGACAAGAAAAUAUUAUCCGUUGCAAUCGAUGUUGGAUCCUCAUAUUCUGGAUAUGCUUUCUCCUUUCGAAGCUCGCCAACUGCAAUUAUCACAAACAAAUGGGAUACAUAUGGUUGCGAAGGAUUUUCACAUAAAACGCCAUCUUCGAUCCUUCUUGAUUCCACAUACAAUUUCAAAGCUUUUGGAUAUGAAGCGGAGCAAGAAUUCUCAAAACUUGUUACAAACCAACAAUCAGAAAAUUAUUUGUUCGUAAAGAAUUUCAAAACAGAACUUUUGAAAGAUAAAGGACUUGAAAGACACCUACUCAUACGAGAUGUAUUGAAACGAUAUGUUCCAGCACAUGGUCUUUUCAUUGAAACAAUUCGAUUUCUCAGAAAACACUUUUUAAAGGCACUGAAAUCUAGGGGACUAGAAUUUGAUGAAAAUGACAUCCAAUACAUUUUAACAAUUCCUGCAAUUUGGACUGAUGUGGCCAAACAGAUUAUGAGAGAGUCGGCGAACUUCGCAGGUAUCAAAUGCCAGAAUCUUGAACUCGCUUAUGAACCGGAAGUAGCAGCCCUCCACUGUAGAAAUAUCCCUCUAGAGAAUUUGUGCGGAUCUACAAACAGUUUACGAGAAAUGUUUUUGCCUGGAAGGAAGUUUGUUGUACUGGAUUUAGGAGGUGGUACAGCAGACAUGAUUGUUGAACAGAAUACGUUAGAUGGUAAACUGAAGCCUGUUCUUAAAGCAUCUGGUGGUUUGUGGGGAGGAAAUCGUGUUAAUGGAGAAUUUUGUAGCUUUAUUUCUGAAGCAUUUGGCCAGAAUAUAUUCAAUAUCUUUGUGAGAGAAAACAUUUGUGACUUUUUUUACCUUAAUGGCCAGUUUGAAAUUAAGAAAAGGCAAGUUACCAAACAUUCGACAGAUAAGAUAAUAAUGCAACUACCUGUAACAUUAUCCGAAACUUACACCGAAAAAUCAGGCAUGAUGCUUGCCAAAACCAUAAAAAAUACAAUAUACAGUAAGGAUAUUGAUGUAAACAGGGGAAAAAUUGAAUUAACUGCCGAAAAAAUGCGUUCCUUUUUUACAAGGACAUUACAGGGAAUUGUUGAGCAUGUGCAAAUGAUCAUGAGCAAACCAGAAUGCAAAGACAUAAAGCAUAUUCUAUUGGUGGGUGGCUUUUCAGAGUCACCCUUGGUUGUUGAAGAAAUCCGUGCACAAUUUCCAACGAAAAUCAUUAUAAAUCCUACUGACUCGGGUUUAUCGGUUUUAAAGGGUGCGGUUCUUUUUGGGUUUGAUCCAAAAGUUGUUACCGCCAGAGGUUGUCCUCUCACGUAUGGAAUAUCACUUUAUGAUUCUUUUGACAAAACAAAACAUGACUUUUCGAAAUCAGUACUGUUGGGGAAGGAAAGAGUUGUCCUUGGAUGUUUUGAGAAGAUUUUUACUAUCGACGAAAUUGUUGAUGUUGGAACUAAAAGAUCCAUAAACGUCUAUGAAAGUUACAAAGGACAAUCCGAAGCUUUAAGAAAGAAAAGUAAAGAGAUUGAAAUUUUCUCCUCAACUGAACCUAAUCCUCUGUAUGUAACGGAGCUAAGUUGUUCUCGUCAUGGACGAAUCAUUGUACCACCACCUAAUGGCAGAUGGCCUGACAAGGUGAAAGGCAGAAUUGAAUUUGAAUUUGGACAGACUGAGCUUAUCGUUCGAUACAUUGAUAGAGAGACCGAGUAUAUCGUUACGGGAAAUGUAGAUUUCCACGCAUCUGAAAAUGAAUUGAAUUUACUGAGCUCCUCAGUAAGAAAAUUGUAAUAAAUUUUUAAGGAAAUGAAAAUAAAUGCGUCAGUUUUUCUCGAAGGUUAAGAAAUUUGAUGAACGAUGAUGGUCUAAUAUUAUAUUUAUACGGCAUAUACAUUUAUUUGCAUUGGAAAAGUAAAAAAUAAUGUUGCUUUGUAUCCAGGAUUUUGGCAAGGUUUACUUUAACCUUUCUAUCAU